UCAGUCCUGGUGAUGUUAACGGGGCCGGCACACUGUUCUUCUUGAUGGUAAAAGGCGCCUCUCGUUUUACCGUCUCUUCAACAUUUUUUUUUUUUUUUUUAAAUUUUUCUUAUUAUUCAUUUUCUUUCAUCGUUUCAAGUUACUUUGAUAUACAAGCCCAAGCUUUAACUUGCACUCAAGUGCAGCAUAGUAGGAGCAAGUAGGAGUUGGCUAGUUUAUUUUUUUUAAUUUUUUUCUUAUACGAUUGAGAAAACGAUGCAGAACCACAGUCAUCUACUGACCACUAGUUACUUUGGUCAUCAAAAUUAAAUAUUAAAAAUUUUUUUUUUCCAUGGAAAAUUAUCAUCAUGAAGAGACAACAGUUAAUUUUAAUUAAAAAUAAAUUUUUUUAAUUAAUCAUUCAAUUUUUAAAAUAUAAUAAACAUAUUUUCGUUGAGUUUUUUUAGUAUAAAAUGAAUUGUGAUAAUAAACACUGUAAUAUUUUGAGUGAAAAUUUUUUUUUUUUUUAAACUUUAAUUUAUAAAUAAAUAUAGUGACAAUUGUUUAUAUUUUUUUCAUUUAAAUAGUGUAUCAAUGAAUUUUUUUAUUGUUAAAUUUUGUGUGAUUAUACGAAUAUUUGAGGAGUAAAAUAUUUUUAUUUCAAAAUGAUUAAAGACAACAUGUGGAGGCAACGACGUUUAGGUGUACCGAAAAGGACCAGUGAGCUCAUUGCUCUUGUAGCACUUUCAAGCACAUUAUUUCUUUUUCUUCACACGCGGGAUUUACAUUCACGCCUACGAGAAAUGGAAGUUCGUUUGCAACCCAGUGAAAAUGAUAUAUCCAGUAAUCAGCUAUCAGCUGAAGAUGCGCAAUCUGCUGUAUCCCUUCAGACCUUUGGAGCACUUCGACGAACGAGCACAGAUGUGUAUGAAACAAUGGAUCCACUGGACUUGGAUGCAUUGAAUAACACAAAAAGAGCCAAUAAACAUGUAUUAUUUUUCAAUCGUGUACCAAAGGUUGGUUCCCAGACCUUUAUGCAACUACUUCGAAGGCUUUCAAUGAGAAAUAACUUUGCUUUUAACCGUGAUCAAGUACAGCGUGUCGAGACCAUCAGACUGGCGCCUUAUGAACAGCGACAACUUGUUAGACUUGUUAACAGUUAUGCUGAGCCUUCAGUCUAUGUCAAACAUGUCUGUUUUACAAAUUUUACUGAAUUUAAUUUGCCUCAACCGAUUUACAUGAAUGUCGUACGGGAUCCAGUUGAACGAGUUAUAUCUUGGUAUUACUAUGUUCGAGCACCUUGGUACUAUGUUGAAAGAAAACAAAUAUUUCCUGAUUUACCACUUCCAGAUCCUGAAUGGCUAAAGAAAGACUUUGAGAGUUGCGUUUUAAAUGGUGAUCGUGAAUGCCGAUAUAUUGAGGGUGAAUAUCAUGAAGGAAUUGGUGAUCAUCGAAGACAAACAUUAUUUUUUUGUGGACACUCUGAAAAGUGCACACCAUUUAAUACAGUUGGAGCAUUAGAAAGAGCAAAAUUAUCAGUUGAAAAACAUUAUGCUGUUGUUGGAGUACUUGAAGAUGUUAAUGCAACAUUAACAGUACUUGAAAAUUAUAUUCCACAAUUUUUUGAAGGUGCAAAAGAAUUAUACUGGGAUGAAAUGGAUGCAUUUAAGAGAAUAAAUAAAAAUGCAUUUAAACCACCAGUUAGUGAAGCAAUUAAAGAAAUGGUUAGAAAAAAUUUCACUCGUGAAAUUGAAUUCUAUCAAUUUUGUCGUCAAAGAUUACAUCGUCAAUAUCGUGCAUUAAAACUCCCGACAAAUUUAGACAGUGAAAAUAAUUUAUAAAAAUAAUAAAAUUUAAAAAAAAACUUGUGAUAUAUAUUAGUGAUUGAUUUGAUAUAUUUUUAUCAUCAAGUACAUGUGGAACUUUGACAAUAUUUAAAUUGCAAAAUUAAAAAAUAAACAAAAAAAAAAAAUUAAACACUGAUUGAGAAAUGAUUAAAUAAUAAUCCAAAAUAAAUAUCACGAGUUUA